GUCCCGGGGGUCCCCGGGGCGGGGCGAGACCGGGAGGGCGGGCUCGGUAGCGGAGGGACCCCGGACGGUACCGGGGGGUCCCUGGGUGCCGGGUCUGGGGAGGUCCCCGGGGCGCGCCGGUACCGGUUCGGGGCCGGUCUCCGGUCCCUCACAACCCCGCGUGUCCCGUCCCGGCAGCGAGAGGCUGCGACAUGGACGAGCCCCGGCCGCACGACUUGCAGGAGGCACCGGAGCCGCUGUCGGGAGCGUCCGUGACGGUGCCGGUGCCGGAGCCCCCCGAGGACGGGGACGAUGCCGACACGGCCGAGCUCCUGCCGGGGCAGCGGCAGCCGCGGGGCUUUUGGACCUUCGAGUAUUACCAGACGUUUUUUGACGUGGACACGCGGCAGGUGCUGGAGCGCAUCAAGGCCUCGGUGCUGCCGGUACCGGGCAAGAACUUUGUGCGCCACCGGCUGCGCAACAACCCCGACCUGUACGGCCCGUUCUGGAUCUGCACCACGCUCGCCCUGGCCCUGGCUGUCAGCGGGGACCUUUCCCAGCUCGGGGCUGCCCGGGGGAACCCCGAGCACCGGUACCGGCCGCGCUUCCACCACGUGCCCGUGGCCGUGACGCUGGUGUUCAGCUACGCGGGGCUGGUGCCGCUGGGGCUCUGGGGGGGUCUGCGCUGGGCCCGGGGGGGCUCGGGGGGCUCCUUCAGCCUCCUGCAGACCCUCAGCGCCUACGGAUACUCCCUGGCCACCCUCGUGCCCGCAGCCGUGCUGUGGGCGCUGCCGGUGCCGUGGCUGCGCUGGGCCGUGCUGGCCGUGCUGGCCGUGCCCCCCGCCCUGGCCUUGGCCGUCACCUUCUGGCCCCCCCUGAGGGCCGGGGGCGCCGCGCUGGGGCUGCUGCACGCGCUGCUGGCGCUGGGCUGCCAGCUCUAUUUCUUCGAGCCCCUCUCCUCGCCGGGAGCUGGGGGGGUCCCCUCGGGGAUCCCCCCCUCCAACGCCUCCCACCCCUCACACUGAGGGGGGGCCGGGCCUGGGGGACCCCCCCUCAAACCUCGCCGGGCUCCGCGGCCCCCAAUAAAAUCAGGGAGAAUCUC